AUGCGGCGUUUCCAACUAUCGUACGCCUCGGCGCUCAGCUUGGCGCGUGAGUCCCGCCCACAGAUCACGCCGAACAGUGGGUUCGAGAAACAGCUCCGUGUGUGGGAAUUCUGCGGGUAUAGUGCUGAUGACUGGGGCGAGGGGUCUGGCUGUUCCGACAACACGGGACGACGCAGCAAGGGCGAGAGGAAGGAGAAACCGCCCUAUAGGGCGUGGAAAGCGGAACGGGACAACCUGCUUAAGAGAGGGGAGGAGGACGUGAAUAGGGCGAGGUUCUCGAGCUUGGCAGAUAUGGCGGCACGGUUUGGGCGGAGGAGGCAGGCCGUGAUGGCGGCUGAGGCGCCAGAGGGGGACAGUGAGGAUGAUGUGGAGAGAAGUCGGGAGAACAGCAGUUCGGGGAAUGAGGAGGGACUAGAGCAGAUUCUGGGCCAGGAGAAGAGGAACAAAGCGUGGGAAAGGGUGCAUAGCAUGGAGAGGGAGUGGAAUGAAAGGUUGAUCAGAGGUCAAAGUCAAGGUCAAGUGGGUGGUGACCACGAUUGA